GGGGGCCGCGCCUGCCGCCAGCCGCGAUUGGCCCGGCCCGGCCCGGCCCGGCCCGGCUCGGCCCCCUCCGGGGGGGUCCGGCCCGUUGCCCACCCCCCCACCCCACCCCCUUAUUUCCCCUCCGCGCCCCGCUUUUUUAAGCCCCCGGUGCCGGCGGGGUGCUCGGCUCCACCGGCGGCGAUGACCCCCUGCGCGCCGUGAGUGCGGCCCCAGGUCAAGGAUGGUCCAUGUGAUGGGGGAUGCCGGCUGCUGGUUCUUGCUCGGGCUCUCCCUCCUCCCCAUCGCCGUCCUGGGCUCUCAGGACGAGGGGAAGGUGAUCCACAUCAACAGGGUGCAGCACCAAGCUGUGCGCGUGGGGCUGGGGGAGCCCGUGGCCCUCCCCUGCCUCUUCCUGCUCCAGCCCCCCGCCUCGCUGGGGCCCAACGAGCCUCCCGACCCGCCCCGUGUCAAAUGGAGCAAGGUGCGCUCGGCCAGCGGGCAGAGGGAGGAUGUCCCCAUCCUGGUGGCCAAGGACAACGCGGUGAAGGUGGUGAAAGCCUACGAGGGCCGAGUGUCCCUGCCCGGUUACCCCCGCGCCCGCUCCAACGCCACGCUGCUGCUGCGCAGCGCCCGCGCCAGCGACGCGGGGCUGUACCGCUGCGAGGUGGUGGCCGGCAUCGAGGAUGAGCAGGACCUGCUGCCGCUGGAGGUGACGGGCGUCGUCUUCCACUACCGCCCCGAGGGCCAGCGCUACGCCUUGACCUUCGCCGCCGCUCGCCGCGCUUGCCUGGCCAACUCGGCCGUCAUCGCCUCAGCCCAGCACCUCCAGGCCGCCUUCGAGGACGGCUACGACAACUGCGACGCGGGCUGGCUGGCCGACCAGACCGUGCGGUACCCCAUCACGCUCUCCCGGCCUGGCUGCUACGGAGACCGCAACAGCCUCCCCGGCGUCCGCAGUUACGGCCGGAGGGAGCCCGGCGAGGAGUACGACGUCUACUGCUACGCCCGGGAGCUGGGAGGGAUGGUGUUUUAUGCCACGGUGCCGGGGCGAUUCACCUGGCAGGAGGCCCGGAGGCACUGCCGGAGCCGGGGGGCUUCGCUAGCCACCACCGGGCAGCUCUACCUGGCGUGGCGAGAGGGCCUGGACCAGUGCGACCCGGGCUGGCUAGCCGACGGCAGCGUCCGCUACCCCAUCAGGCUCCCGCGCAGGAAAUGCGGUGGCGAAGCCUCGGGUGUCAGGACCCUCUACCAGUUCCCCAACCGCACCGGCUUCCCCCCCGCCACCUCCAAAUUUGAUGCCUACUGCUAUAAAGCCGCGGGGCAGAGGGAGCCGGUGCCGCCCGCGUCUGACCCGCUGGGCAGUGACAACGUGCUGGUGGAGCACAGCGAGGACCCGGGCGCUUCGGGGGACACCCGGGACGCCCCACGCGCCCACUCCAGCCUCCCGCCACAGCCGGGCGAGGACGAGCAGUUGCAGGGGGCAGCGAGCGGCAGCCCGGCGGCACGGCGCGGUGACCUCCCCGGGGCCGCGCCGGCGCCUCGUGGGCUGGGGCUGGGCGAUGAUCCAUCCCUGCCUCCCACCACCGCCUCCUCGCCGGCACGGCCCCGUGAGGACGAAGCUCUCAACGCGGUGGACCAGGAUCCGCUCAGCACCGGCACAGCGCCGCCGGUGCGAGAAGACCCCGAGGAGCCCCCCGCCACCCUCCUGCCGCAGUCCCGAAGCCCAGCCUGGGAGCACGUCACCGGCUCGCCGCUGGCACCGCCCGGGCUGGGGAUGGUCCCCGGUGCGGGCGCAGAGACCCCCAGCACCCCACCGGCCAGCUCCCGCGCCCCGAGGCGGAGCAGCUACGCCGGGUUGAACGGGCGCUACUUCCAGUUGCAGCGGCAGAGCCGGGACCCCGCGGUGGUGGCUGGGGACCCACCGGUGGCCAGAGACCCCACGGUGGCCGGGGAACCGGUGGGGACGGUCACCCAGGCCCCCAUCCUGGCCCUGGAGGUGAAGGGGGCUGCAGCUGACGCGGUGGAGAUGGGGAGCAUCCCCCAUGCCGGCACCAAGAGCCCCUACUUGCCCUCCAACGCGGUGGAGGAGGAGAUCAGCCCCGAGCUGAUGGCACCGGCCACCGCCCUGGUGUCCCCCUUGCCACAGGCGUCUGCCCGGAGGGAUUCACCGUGGUGGAGCCCCCGCACAGCCCCCCACAAUCCUGGGGGGACAGCACGGACACCCCUUCUUCCAUCCCCACCCCUGCCUGCCUCUGUGGCUCCCCACGACGCUCUCGGCCACCGGGACAUCACCGCGAUCGGGGCUCAGCCCCGUGUCCCCAGUGCCCGUGGGAACUCCCCCCAGCCACCUCCAGAUGCCACCGAGGACUUCUCCGGGGACACCCUCUCCCCGGAGGAUGGUGGCUCUGUCCCGCCACAGACCCCACUGCACCCGGCCCCACUGGUGGCUGAGGGCCCCGAGACGGCCCCGCAGCCCCACGGUGACGGCGGUGACAGCAGCGGGGCCGCAGGCGAUGGCUUGCUGGAGAGGCAGAGGAAAGCACUGACCUUCUUCCACCCGGCUGGUCCCUCCAUGGGGCACCCCACCACCCCCAGCCCCACUGAGGCAGCUGCUCCCCGGUCCUGGGGGGAGCUGAACCCCACAGCUCCCCACGGGCCGGCCGAGCCGCCGGCUGAGCCCAGCCGUGAGCAGCCGGACGGGUCUGGGGAUGCUGGGGUUGGCCGAGCCAAGCUGAGUGGCGAAGCAGCCUCGUCCCCCCCGGCGCGGGAUGUCCCUUCGCCUCCCGCCGCGGCUGGCGAGGUGACCCCGCGGGUUGGCACCGAGCGGCUGCUGGAGGCUGAGGAAGGGUCCACGGGCUUUGCCCCCACAGCCCCACGUGCAGCGGGGCUGGGGGGAGCGGAGCAUCUCCUCCUGCCCCCCCCCACCAGCCCCGGACCCCCGGGUGUCCCCAGCCAUGAGGAUGCACCGGCAGCCCCCGGCGAGGAAGAUGCCUCCGGGGAGGCGAAGAGGGAAGAGCCCCCUGUACCCCUCAGCUCAGCCACCCACAGCCCGUGGCCAUCACCCACUGCCCCCCACCCAUGGGUGCUGGAGGUGCCCGAGUCCCUGAGCACGGGGUCGCUCUUUGAGCACUCCACAGUGACGGAGCUGGGGGGGCCGGGGGGGUCCCCGCUGCUGGAUGCUGACAGCGGGAGCGGCGAGGAGCUGCUGGCCUGGGCGGGCGCCGAUAACACCAGCCAGCACGCUCCGGCUGACCCCUGCCAGAACAACCCCUGCCUGCACGGCGGGACCUGCCGCGCCAACGGCACCGUCUGCGGCUGCAGCUGCGCCCCGGGCUUCACCGGGGAGAACUGUGAGAUCGACAUCGACGACUGCUUGUCCAGCCCCUGCCAGAACGGCGGCACCUGCAUCGACGAGGUCAACUCCUUCGUCUGCCUCUGCCUGCCCAGCUACGGCGGCAGCCGCUGCGAGAAAGACACGGAGGGCUGCGACCACAACUGGCACAAGUUCCAGGGUCACUGCUACCGGUACUUCGCCCGCCGGCGCUCCUGGGAGGACGCGGAGCGGGACUGCCGCCGCCGCGCCGGCCACCUCACCAGCAUCCACUCGCGGGAGGAGCACGGCUUCAUCAACGGCUUCGGGCACGAGAACACCUGGAUCGGGCUCAAUGACAGGAUCGUGGAGCAGGAUUUCCAGUGGACCGACAACACCGGCUUGCAAUACGAGAACUGGCGGGAGAAUCAACCCGACAACUUCUUUGCGGGCGGCGAGGACUGCGUGGUGCUGGUGUCCCACGAGAUCGGCAAGUGGAACGACGUGCCCUGCAACUACAACCUGCCCUACAUCUGCAAGAAAGGCACAGUGCUGUGCGGGCCCCCGCCGGAGGUGGCGAAUGCUUUCACCGUGGGGAAGAAGAAGGAGAAGUACAGCAUCCACGCCAGCGUGCGCUACCAGUGCGAGGAGGGCUUCACCCAGCGCCACGUGCCCACCAUCAAGUGCCACAGCACCGGCAAGUGGGACCGGCCCAAAAUCCUCUGCACAAAACGCGGUCGCACCGAGCGCGGCGGCACCACCACCACCGGCACAGCCACCCCCACCACCAGCACCACCACCACAAACCCCGCAAGGAGCGGCGAAAACACCGCAAGCACCUCCGGCUGGACUGGAUGGAGGAGGGCCACUACUUCUAGAGCCGGGGGACGAGGAAGCACAAGGGUCCCCGACGGGAUGUGGUGACGUUCCCUGCCCCCCCUCCCAUACUCCCUCCCCCCCCCCCUCUUUUAUAACCCCCCCCUCAGCUUUAGCUCCUAGGAUGCCCGGCCCCGUAGGGAAUAGGAUCCGGAGGGGGCGGCUGUGUGUGCGUCCCCAGCCCUCCCUGCAUGCCCCACGCUCAGCCCCCCCGACCCGGGGUCGAGCCCCCAGCCCUGCACAGGGACCUCCCCCCCACCCUCUCAUCCCAUCCCUGCGUGGGGGCCGUUCCCCACCUGGGCUCUGGCCCCCCUCCCCAAAGGCAGAGGGGGUUAAUCUGCCAGCCCCUCCAUCUCCCACCUCGGCCGUUGUGUCUCGCUGGCCAAGGGUGGCUCUGUUUUUUUAGCAGCCCCCCUCUCCCCAUAUCCCCCUCCAGCACCCCAGUCCUGCCCCCAGGGCACCCCUGCAGCCGCCACAGGGACCCUGCCCGGUGCGGGGGGGUGCGUGGGGGGGGACGAUGCCACCGGGGCCGGUGUCCUGCUCUGCCGCCUGGGUUGGGGUUGGUUUAUUUUUUUCCCUCUUUCCGUUCGUCGUCGGGUCCCCGUUGGAGUUGGCGUGUGUGUGUGUGUGUGUGUACGGCGCUUUCUGAUCUCUGCUGUUUGCGACGUGACUGCCGUGUCCCGAGCCCCCUCCCUGUCCCACCCCACCCCCCCUGCCCCAGCCCCAUGCCAUUUCUGACUCUGCCUUUCUGUACUGCUGGACAUUUUAAUAAAUUUUUUUAACAGUUAA